AUGCGCGUUGUCCACAAGCCUAACAUACCCCAGAAAGGGAUGAACACACUGAAGAAGUUUGUGACAAGGAACAUUCGCUUAGUGCUUAUUUUGAAGUAUUUCUGGAUAUACCAGAAUCCGAAGGUCGAGAUGGUCGAGGUUACUGCUUGGACGAUUCCAAGAUAUGUUAGUUGGAGGAACGAAAAGGAUACCUCAUUGUUCUGGAUUAUGCUGACGAGUGUUCCUGUUACUAGGAACCGUACCAGUCGUGUUCAGUCCAUCGGCCAGCAAAAAGUAAGCAAGAAAGUAAAGAAACGUCUGUGGCAGUGA